CAAGCCAAUCUCACUAAUCAUACACGUACGUGCUUAGCUUAAACCCUUCCGGCGAAGUCAAGUGCAAUGGCGUCGUCCAGCAAGCCCUGCGCCGCCUCCGUCCUCCUCCUGCUGCUGGCCCUCGCCGUCGCCACGGCGGCCGACGCGACGAAGAAGAGCAUCGCGUCGGAGCCCAGGCCGUCGGGACCCAUCUUCCCGAGGCCGGCGGCGAAGGACAUCGUCGCGUCGGAGCCCACCAUCCCGAGGCCGUCGGCGGAGGUGGACGUGUCGGCGACGUGCAUGGGGUCGCUGCUGGAGCUGAGCCCGUGCCUGGCCUUCUUCAGGGACGCCGGCACGUCCAAGGCGCCGGCGGGGUGCUGCAAGGGCCUGGGCAGCAUCGUCCGAGACCAGCCGGCGUGCCUGUGCCACAUCUUCAACCACACCCUGGAGCGGGCCAUCGGCGUCGGCAUCCCCGUCAACCGCGCGCUCGCCCUCGUCCGCGACGUCUGCGGCCUCACGCCGCCCAAGGUUGCCAGCUGCGCCAACGGCGGCGCCGUGCCGCCGCUGUACGUGUGCCCGGCGCCCUCGGCCUGAUCUCUGCCUUAUGUGACAAUGCAAUUAUCUAUGUCUUUCAACUCAGCAAAAAUUAUAUGCGACUUCAUCAAGAAAAGACUAUCAUCGUCUCGCUAUUACAUAAUCAUUGGCAAAAGAAAAGAGCUUUUUCUUGCCUCUCGGAGUAGAUAAGAUGCUUAACUAGGCACCUGUGCUUAACAUAUAAGAUUAUCCCAAGAAUGGACAAUACAAUUCCCCCAAAAGGAAUAGACAGUUCGAUCAUCA